AUGGCUCGAACUAAGACCACCGGAGCUCCCAAACCUUUAGCUGCUGCAAGUGGUUCUACUUCAUCAGCUUCACCUCUUGCAGCUUCAGGAUCAUCUUUGAAUUCCUCUGUCAAGAUUAGGGCUCAGAAAAAGACCUUCCCUGUGUCCAAAACCUCUUCGUUAGUGCUUCCAUCCAUGUCUCCAACUCUAAUUUCUCUACCCGCACCACCAACUAAAGAGGUGGUGCCUACCGAGACCCUUCCUUCAGCAAUCGAGUCACUUGCUCCAAAUCCUAAAUCCUCAAAACUCGAGACUGCCAAAUCAAAAGGAUCCCCUACUGCUACACAACCUAUUUCUGGAAUAUUGCCUUCAUCCUGGACUCGCUCCAAAGAAACUGCCUCUAGUUCAUCGGCAGACGCGAAGAAAGGAGGAAAACGAGGCAAGCCUUCUCCUCCAAAGAAAUCUCCUCCUGUAAAGAAACUCAAAAUCACUCCACAUGCAUGUUCUUCGUUUAAGGCUGAUCCAUCUGAGGACCCAUCUGGUGAAGCAGCCAAUCCUUCUAAGCACUCAAGUUCUGAGAACACCAAAAGGUCUGAAUCUACCCAAGAACUUUAUGAUCUGGUUGCCUCUGAAGAACGCGUUGUUGAAUUAGAUGAUGGUUUUGAUGCAUCAGAUACUCAGUCUGAGCCUUCUGAACCUCUACCUUCUGAUUCCAAGGGAAAGAAGCCCGUGAUUUUUUAUUAUGCUAACCGUAAGGUUAUUUGUGAAAAGAAUUUUAAUCUUGCUACUCAUAGGGUGUUUGGGGUGAUUGGUAUUUUGCAAGAAAGAGAGUGGUUAGAUUCUUUACAGGGCUAUUCUGAGUAUGUUGAUCGGGUUGUCAAGGAAUUUUAUGCUAACAUUACUGAUGAUUUUCUAAAUCAUAAUUCCUUUAUGUAUGGCAAAGUGUAUGUUCGGGGUCAUUGGUUUUCUUUUACAGUUAAAGAUAUUGCUACUGCCCUAAAUUUUCCCAUUGGUGUCAUUCUGGAUACCCUAGAAUUUAAUAAGGACCUAGUCCUUUCAGAGCUUGUAGGACAAAAGGUAUCAUGGAAUCCAAGCACAUCACUCUCCAUUCUUGAUCUUACAUACACCUAUGCUAUGCUUAUGCAGUUUUCACUGUCCAACUGGAUGCCCUCCUCUAACACAGUUGUUGUGUCUCAAGAAUUGGCAUUCUUUCUGUUCAAGAUUGGUUCUGGUGCACAGAAGUCCAAGUCCUUGGUUAUUCCCUCUGUUUCCACAACCACUGUUGUUGUUCCAUCUGGUGUUGGUCCUGACAUAUCAGAAAUGCUCGCUGUCAAGACUGAUCUAACAAUGGUACAGAAUCGACUUGGAACAUUGGAGGCCACUCAACAAGCAAUCCUUUCUCAGCUGACGGCCUUAGCCAAGGGUGUUUGA